UGAGGAUGACAGAAGAGUACACAUUUGUGUCUUGGAAACCUGAAAUAUUCAUUCAAGAAUGUCUUUAUAUCGGCUUUUUAUAGGUUUCAGUAACAAAAUACAUCAGCUUGAUUUCUUACUCAGGGCAGUCAAAGUGAAAAAUCUGGUACGAUGCGGCUGAGAAGUAUUAUCAUCGAUCACUUGGCGGUGUUUGGGAUAUUACUCCUUGCAGUCAGAGGUACCGGUGACGCAGCGAGAAGCACCUUUGCAGCUAUCUCCAAAGAUGACCUCACUCGCUGGAAUCCUUCAACUUGCCAGUAUGUAAGCCAUCUAUUCAAGGCGAAGCAAAGGGUGGUAAACAAGUUAGGUAAUAUACUGGGGAAUAAAAUUCCGAAAAAACGUCAAGAACUCACGAACGCUCAAGUAAAAGCGAUAACAAUCUUUAAGAACGAGCUGAACGUUACAGAAAGAGCAGUUUUUGAUGCAAUUAAUGGCUUGAGAAAACUACUACUGGAGGAUUAUAAGUCUGUAGUCCACAUGAAAGAAGCUAUAAAACAACGACUGGAAGCUCUCAAACUUUUGGCUUUACAACAAGAAGAUCAAUUUAAUGCAAUCAGCGAAGCAGAAAAAGAAUUUUUUUCUGCUAGUAAACAUGCAGAUUUGCAGGCCAAUGGUACACGUCUGGAGAAAAUUAUUGAGGGUAUUUUAGAUGAUGUUUCAUUUGCAGCUGAUAAACUUGAAAAUGAACUUGACGAGAAAACGUUUGAGAAAACAAGAAAUGCUAAAGGGGCAUCAAUUGAAGCCGUUGUGAGACUGAAUGCGGAUGAAGAAAGGCAAGACAGUGAUAAUGAGACAUUGGAGGCUGAUCCUGGUAAUGAAAAUGAAAUGAGUAUUCUUGUUGAUUCUCAAAGCAAUCAGUUUGUUUUAGCCAAAGCUAAAGAUGCAACUGUUCCACAUGAAGAUGUCCACUUCAUCAAAGAUAUUAUCUAUAUACUGGUUUUGUCAUUCUCUGGAUCCUGUAUUUGUACACUGGUUCAGCUGCCAACAAUGUUUGCAUUUGUAAUUAGUGGUAUGCUUCUAGGACCAUCUGGAUUAAAUAUGAUCAAGACAGUUGUGCAGGUGGAGACACUCGGUGAAUUUGGGGUCUUUUUCAUUCUGUUUGCAGUUGGCAUGGAAUUUUCUCCAGACAGAAUAAAACGGGUAUGGAAAGUGGCAGUUGGUGGAAGUUCUUUAAUCAUGGCACUGAUGAUUGUCUUUGGUAUUUUUUGGGGAAUUUGUUUUGGAAUUCUCCCCAGGCAGAGUGCAUUUGUAGCAGCAUGUCUCUCUCUUUCCAGUACACCACUUGUGGCAAAAUUUGUGGAGAGCAAGAAUAGAGAUACUUCUUCGAAAGAACACACUAAUGGAGAUGGUGACUACACCAGUUCUCUGUUAGGAAUUCUUGUCAUGCAAGAUGUGCAUUUGGGGUUGUUAGUUGCACUACUUCCUGCACUCGCAGGCCAUGGGAAAUCAGCAAAUACCAAAGCUAGCACUAUUGCAGUGCACAACAUCAUCAGUGGGCAUGACAGUGGAAAUUCAGAUGACUUUACAAACACCAUAGUGAUGUUGUUUGAGGUGUUGCUUUCCUUUGUCAUCCUCAUGUUUGUGUGUUUCGUGAUUUCUAAAGUUAUUGGACCAAUAUUAAGACUUAUCAAAGACAGCGGAAGUAAAGAACUGCUGCUUUUAGCGACUGUUUCAACAGCCUUUUCUCUGUUGAUGCUGUCAGAACAUUUAGGAAUCUCCAUGGAGCUGGGCUGUUUUGUGGCUGGUGUUGUGUUGAGCUCAAACGGAGAACAUCUUGUUCAUCAGGUGAACGAACUUGUGGAGCCUCUGCGCGAUUUCUUCUCGUGUCUCUUCUUCGCAUCAAUAGGUCUACACGUUUUUCCUACGUUUGUGCUGAAUGAAUUUCCUCUCGUGUUGACGCUUACCCUUGGGGUUGUAUCAGUAAAGUUCGUUGUUUCUGUAUUUGUUCUUCGGAUGUUUUUAUGUGAGUCACGAAGCACAAAAUACAUCGUUGCUGCGGGACUCGCUCAAGUCAGUGAAUUCUCGUUCGUUUUGGGAAGCCGAGCAAGGAGGUUUCAUCUCAUUUCUAGAGAGGUUUAUCUGAUCAUCCUCAGUGUCACAACAAUUAGCCUCCUUCUUGCUCCUUUGCUGUGGAGAAUUUCUUUGUGGAAAUUUGGAAGCAGAAAACUAUGGAUGAGUUCCGGCUCAGAGCGGACAAAUAAACGAGCUGCCAGAACAAUCUAAUGUCAUGGUAGUGUUUAUACGAAACUUCUUAAGCUUGAGCCCGACAGGAAGGGAAGAGAGAAACCUCGUUCAAAGUGCGUUUGAAAUGCGACUUGCCCGCGUUUGCAAGCUAGGCUACAGCUUCCAUAUUUUCGAAGAUUCCAAUAAGCCAACAGAUCCUAUAUAGAUAUAAACGUUGAAUAAUAUACUGAAAUGUAUUAUUUUUGAUUAUCGAAAUAGCUGAUGUAUGAAUAUAUGACCAGCCUAUAAAAUUGAUCGAUAGUCCACAAGAUGAGAACUAUUAAAUUCUGCUCCGAUUGUUAGUUUUAUUUGCAUAAUCCCUUUAUAUCUUCAGCGUAAUUUAUUUGAAAAAAAGUUUUAAAAAGGGCGUUAUUUGGAAUCAGUUUUUUGAUACAGUCAGAUAGAAAAUGUCUUUAAUUGUUUACAAGAAUGGUUUUACCGGAUUUCCUAGACUUUCAAAUUUUCAAACAAGGGAGAAUGGGGAUAGUCAUUACCCCCGGGGAAUUUUUUUGGCUGAUUUUUCGUAGAGCCAUGGAAACGAUCGAUUUCUAACUUAACGAAGGCAGCACACUUUGAACUCAAUGAUUCUGUAAACCUUCGGGGGAAAAAACAUGUGUAGAAACUAUUUAUGAAAAUACUAAAUAAAUGGUGUUGACUGAUGGUAAACGAGUUCAGUCAAGGGAUUAUAA